UUUUUGCUGGUUCAGAUACCAGGGAAAGACAACACUUUGCUUCAAGUUCCAGUAGUGACGAAGAGCUACUUACAAAUGAUGGAUGAUCGUAUAUCCAACCAGGAAAGGACUACUGCGACACUUCUGGAGCAAGCUUUUCAGAUUAAAGAAGACAUCAUUACCCACUUGAGAGGAAACCAGGCCCACUACCCAGUUGAAAAAGUAUCCCAACAGCUUCUGGAAAACCACAUACAAGUUACAACAAGGAUUCUCAAACAACUAAGUAAUGAUAUAGAGGUUCUAGAAGAACAGAUUAGAAGACGUGAUGGUGUGACUACAGGGACUAGCUUCGCAGUUCAAAGCCUGAACCAGAAACAUUUGCUUGGGAUUGGGGACCUCCGUGGAAGAGUUGCCAGGUGUGAUGCCAGUAUCUCCAAGCUGGCUGGGGAUGUCAGCAUAACCAACAAUGAGAUUCAAAAAGUAAAGAAAGAUGUUCAAGAUGCUAAGUCUUCCUUCCAGGAGCAAAUCAAAGAAUUGGAAAUUAAGGUGACGCAACUACUGAGAAAUAUAGAUAACUCUAAAUGUGAACAUAAUACAAACUUAAAGACUGCAAGAGGAGAGCUACAACAUGAACUUCAGCGACUAGAUUUCAAGAUUACUACUGCACUGACUGAGUUGCAAACACAGAUGCAAAACCAACGGAAGUGGGCAGAAUACAAAUUGGAUAAAACAGAGACUGAGAUAAUACAGAGAGCAGACCACUCCUUACAUGUUAUGCAAGAGAAAACCGAGCUAAUGGAAAAGAAUAUACUGGAGAGACUUAAUCAGAUCUCUGUGAGACUAGAAAAACUGGAAAACCGACAAAGCCUUGACAUUGAAUCCAACAAAGUGACUUACUCUGACAUGAAAAUCACUGCAAAACUUGCCAAAGUAGAAAAGACUAUUUGGCACGAGUUAGAAAGCAUAAAGAAUGACUAUAGAGAAGGAUUUCACUCCAUUAUGGAAUCAAUUAAUUCACUGAACAAGAUCAGUGAAAAGAAGAUAGAAAUUGACAAAGGAAAGAUCCAGAAAGACCUGAAACAGAUUAGGCGGCAUAUUUUUGAUCUUAAAAGCCAUCCAUAAGCUAACAUAAUAAGAUUCAACAGAUAUCUGGAAGCAAAUGAAGUUAGGAAGUCCGUCGAGAGAUUCAAUCAGACAUCAGACCGGCAACACAUGAUUUAUAUUCAUCUAAGCUUCAAUAUUGAAUUUACUGCUAAAAUGGGAUUUACAGUUUUAAAUUCAUGCAAUGAAACUGGUUAAGAUUAUCUUCCUUAAAAAGAAUCAAUGUCGCUUAUUUCCCAUCAUCAAAUACCAGUGAUUUCUAUCAAAGAACAAAAUGCUCUGGCUGCAAAUAUACAAUUCAAGUGUAAUUGUGAUGGCUGGAA